AUGGCUGUGUUACCUUUCUUCCAGAGGCCAUCUGAACCACACCGGCUGGCUAAGAGAUAUUACUAUUACAGCUAUGGCCCUACAGUUGGAGGAGUUAUUGGUGGAAUAAUCUUUUUCAUAUUAUGCAUUAUUAUCUUAAUCCGACUACGACGACGAAGACCUGCCACCACCUACGUUGCGCCACAAGCAUCAGCAGCAGCUACAGCUAGUUCUGGAGCGCACGGGAACCAAACCAACGUAUACGUUAUGGGCCAAGGCAGCCAACUGCCGCCGCAGCAAAUCCCCCUACAAAACACAAACCAGCAGCAACCCUACCCCCAGCAGCCUUAUCCACAGCAGCCCUAUCCACAGCAGCCAUACCCUCAGCAGCAGCCAUACCCUUUUCCUGCACAAUCUCCACCUCCCCAGGAGCAGCAGCAAUAUGGGUAUAUACCAAACCAGAACCCCGCACCACCUCAGCAGACAUAUAUUCCACCCGGCCAACAGACUUUCUACCGAGGACACCCCAACGGCAUCUCGAGCCAUCCCGUAGAAGUGCCGCCACCAAGCUAUAAAGAUCAGGGCAAGCCUUGA